CAGAUCACAAUUUUUAAAUAGAAGUUUAUGAUUUCUCGUUCGUGAUAGUAUUUUAACUUUGAAAAUAUAUUGCAGUCUUUGAAAUUUACCAAAUUUAAAUAUAAUAAGAAACAACCUGGCAUCACUGUUCAUUCACUUGACACAAAGACGAAGUCUUUUAAUCAAUUGAGUUAAAUUUUGUGUGCAGGAAGUUUGGAUGUUCAGCCUGCACAGAAAGUUAAUUUAUUAAAUUUGUGGGUAAAAUAUUUAUAAAAUUAAACAAGAGAUUUGAAAAAGGAAGUGGAAGGUGAGAGCAUUCAAAGCAACAAAUUCAUCUACUUUCUAUAAAGAAAGAUAAUAUAAUGAAGUUUCGUGCUAUGAUGGUGGACCCGCAAUAUAUGCGAGAGUUUCAAAAUAUAGUGAUAACACUUUCCAAAUUGACCAAGGAAUGCGUUUUGAAUAUAUCCCGUAACAAAAUCUACUUCAUUGCAAACGAAGAAUCGGGCACGGUAGCACCACUUGUUUGGGUCGAAAUAGAUGCAAGCUUAUAUUUCUCUGAAUAUGCUAUGGAAGGUGCUAAGGACAAAUAUCAGCAGAUUAUGCUGGCAAUACCGGCUGUAAAAUUAGGACGUGCAUUAGGUUCACUACGUUCAGGUGCAUUAUAUUGUAAAAUUAAACUAACAAAUAUACAAUUUCCAUGCCUAACAGUCGAGUUUGAAGUUAAGUCACAUGUUUCGGAUCAAAUUCGUAAGGUUGUACAUGAUGUACCAGUAAAUGUAAUACCACGCUCUGAUUGGUCUCACUAUGACGUUCCGGAAGUGCCAUUAUCUAAAAUAAUAUUAAACGUACCUUCAAAUCGUUUAAUGCGUGGCCUUAUCGAUAAAAUGAAGAAUCUAUCACCGACGAUUGUUUUUCAUGCUAUGUCAACUGGUGAACUUAAUUUGAUAGCCGAAACAGAAAUGGCCACCGUAACAACGCGUUAUAAAGAUCUUGAAGUACGUGCUAUACAUCCAUCUGAAACAGAUAAAGAGAAGGAACACAUUGAAGCAUCGUGCUCAGUUGAUUGCAAAAAAACUUCGUUAUUAUUUUCUUCGCUGCAGGUGCCCACACUGGAAUUAUCAUGCGGCAUUGACGAUGAACGUUUAUUACAUAUGGAGGUGAAUGUGCGCCAGGGCGUCACUAUACACUCAAUUAUACCUGCAGUUUGUGUGUAAAUAUGUGAAACAAUCUACUUGUAAUGGUUACCUUACCUGUCAUUCUACUUCAGUACUCUUGCGUUUUAUCAGUUAUGAAUAAAUGUGUUUUACUUU